GUCAUGGCCGCCGCCGCCGCAGGCGCCGCGUCCCCGGCGGACAAGGAGAGAUUCAUCUGCAUUUAUCCAGCUUAUUUGAAUAACAAGAAGACAAUAGCAGAAGGAAGAAGGAUACCCAUAGACAAAGCUGUAGAAAACCCCACAUCUACAGAAAUCCAAGAUGUAUGUGCAGCAGUAGGAUUCAAUGUGUUACUAGAGAAAAACAAGAUGUAUCCCAGAGAGUGGAACAGAGAUGUGCAGUACAGAGGUAGAGUACGAAUCCAGCUCAAACAAGAUGAUGGCAACCCAUGUUUACCUCAGUUUCCAACACGUAAAUCAGUCAUGCUGUAUGCUGCAGAAACCAUUCCCAAACUGAAAACAAGAACUCAGAAGAUGGGAGGUAGUGAUCAAAGCCUUCAGCAAGGAGAGGGAGGCAAGAAAGGUAAAGGGAAGAAAAAGAAAUAAAUUGAUGUCUGGAGUCGGUGUUGCAUCACAUAGUUGUACUUACAGCAAGUACAGGUGGACACCAUGCAGCGACUUUGAAGUGAAGAUACAAGCAAGAAAUGAAGAGGUGAAGCUGAGUAGAACUGCCUGCUUUUCUUGGAACUGGAAUGCAUGUAACUGCCUUGCAUCUGUGUAACAAUAAAUCUCUUUUCACACAUAA